AUGGGUUUCACAACCGGCCUCCUCGCCGGCACAACCCUCACCUCCCUAACCCUCUACCUCACCCUCUCGCUACAUACGCGCAACCGCCUCGUCCAAGCCUCCCUCCUGCGUCAACAAACCGCCGUCCUCUCGAAUAUCCUAGACCCCCAACCGCCCGUCCCGGAACCGACGACUCGGAUAGCGCGCGCGGGGCUGCUGGAGACGGCGAAGGAUCGGUGGAACGGGGAGUUGGAGCGGGAGGUGCGGUUGGUUUAUAACACGGAUUGGCGGCGCGUGAGGGAGGGGGUGGAGGAUCGGCUUGCUGGUGUGAUAGGGAGGUUGCGGGCGAAGGGGGAGGAGGUUAAGGAGGAGGUUAAGAGGGAGGUGUGA